AUGCGCUGUACACUUGUUCCCGAAGGAACUGCCCCGAUGCAGUCGCUUUAUUUCAAGGAGUUAUUCAGUGCAGGCGCGGCACCGAAAGGAAAUGAUAGAUUUGUGGUUUUAAAGGAGCACAUUUGGGUUUCUGUUCCUCUUUAUCCAGCCAUGGGAAGAAAAUCGCCUGCAAAAUGGAUCAAGACUGUUUUAUUUGGAAAGAAGUCUUCCAAAUCUUUUACUGUGAAAGGAAAGGAGGCUUUGGUUUUAAGAUGGUCAAUUGAGAGAACUACAAAUGAGAGAGAGACAUUGGUUGCUAUCAGGGCUGUGGAAGCGGACGUGACCUCAGUUCCUCCUGUGGUUCCAUUGACAGCCCCCACUCCAACUAAUGUCACUGAAAAGAAUUUAGAGCCAGAGAGCUGGGAAACUACAGAAAUAUCGCAUGAUGGGGGUAUAUUGUCAACUGGAAAUCAAGGUGCAAAUUAUUCUCAAGUCUACGCUUCUGAUGAUGCACCAUCUAAUGCUGAAAAAAUAAGGCUUGAUGAAGCUGCGACAAUGGCACAAGCUGCAUUUAGGGGUUACUUGCCUGGUGGUAAAGCAUUAGCUUGCAGUGUGCAGAUAGGUGCACGACUGAGGUCACCUUCAUGGACCUUUAGGGUCAGACUGACUAGGGCAUUUCGGGCUCUUAAAGGCAUAAUUAGGCUUCAGGCUCUUAUCCGUGGGCACUUGGUUAGAAGGCAAGCUGUUGCGACUCUCUGCUGUGUGCUGGGAGUUGUCAAGUUACAGGCACUUGCUCGAGGAAGAAUGGUUAGGAAUUCAGACAUUGGCUAUGAGGUUCAUAAAAUAUGCAGAGUGAAGCCUCUGGAGAGCACCCUUGGAGAUUCUAACAGAGUUGUUAUCCAAAUGGCCAAGUUGUCAUCGAAUGCUUUUGUUCGCAAGCUUCUUGCUUCAUCACCUACUGUGAUGCCUUUGCGACUUCCCUGUGAUUCUGUGGAACCAAACUCAGUUGCAAACUGGUUAGAAUGCUGGUCAGCAUCCUGUUUCUGGAAACUAGUUCCCCAACCAAAGAAAAUUCCUUAUUCAAAAACUCAGAGAAAGCAGAGCAAUGGUCAAAUGGUGGAAGCUGAAACUGGUAGGCCAAAGCGCAGUGUUCGGAGGGUCCCUGCUGCAAAUGUGGACAGCACCUCAGUACAAGCGACCCAUGAAUUUGAGAAACCCAAGCGCAUUUUGAGGAAAGUUUCUAGCCAUCCAGCCGAUUCAGUGCAGGAAAAUCCACAAAUUGAGCUUGAAAAGGUAAAACGCAACUUACGAAAGGUUAAUAACCCCGUGGUAGAAAACUCUGCUCAUUCAGAGGUUGAGAUUGAAAAGCCAAAGCAAACUCUGGAAAAGGUAUUUGGCACUUCAGGUGAUAAUGUUUUGGGACAGAGCAUAAGUAAUUCAGCUGAGAAGAUGAAGACAGAAACUACCUUGACAACAUCCAAUGUGACUGAUGUGGUGAAGAAUGAACCAAACUCGAUGUCCAACUUGGCUGCUGCAGAGACUGCUGAAGAGCCAUUAGAAAUGAUCAAGGCAUUGGAAUCAUCACAUGACGACCAAGCUGUGGUAGAAUCUAAAGCUUCAGUUGAUACUGGUGUUAAAGGUGAUAAUACUCAAAUAAAUGGGCAGUCCAAACACAAGGAUGAUCCAACAAUAAAUGAAAAUCACAAAACUGCCAAGAAAGCUUCAGUUGCAGUGAAACCAGAAUGUGCCGAGAAUGGGCUACAGAGCAGUCCAACAAUCCCUAGCUAUAUGGCAGCAACCGAAUCUGCAAAGGCAAAGCUCAGACUACAAGGUUCCCCAAGAUUUAGUCAUGACGGGGUUGAGAAAAAUAAUGUCACCCGGCGUCAUUCUUUGCCAUCUUCAAGUAAUAGCAAAAUCAGCUCAGAGUCCCCGAGGACACAAAGAGCAGUUCAUGGUAGUGGCAAAGGAGGGAAUAAGAGUGAUAGAUCUUUAUUGUCUUCGAGAGAUGGAAAUGGUAUGAAAUGCUUGCUUGCCCCAGAAAUCAUUGACAAAAGGAACCCAACCAGAGUGGAGGAGGUGACUCUGGAACAUUUGUUUCAAGGUGUUAGCGUGAGCGAAACUUGGUCUAUAACUGGAAAGGGUGUGUUGGCUCUGAGUUCUAGUUUUCUGCAGUGA